GCUGGAGGAGGUGGCUCUGGAGCGGGAGGUCCCCGCCCAGGGGGACGAUGACUGCCCAGUCUCUGCCUGGCCUCCCCACAGAGCUGGCCUCCGUCUCAGUCUCAGCCAGACAUGUCCAGCCUCCAGGCACUAUGCUCCGGCCUGCCACUGCAGCCCCUCCCGGAGAACCCGGGCCGCUGGGCUGGGGUGCCCCACGCACCGGUCAGGACCCCCGGCCUCAGCCCCGCGGAGGAGCAGUUGGCGCUGAGGAAUGCCCUGCGCUACUUCCCCCCGGAUGUCCAGGAGCUACUGGCCCCUGAGUUUGCCCAGGAGCUGCGACUGUAUGGGCAUAUCUACAUGUACCGGUUCUGCCCUGACAUGAAAAUGAGGGCCUACCCGAUCGGGCAGUACCCCUGCCGGACAAGAGCUGCUGCAGCCAUCAUGCACAUGAUCAUGAACAACCUGGACCCUGCCGUGGCCCAGUUUCCCCAGGAGCUCGUGACCUAUGGAGGAAAUGGGCAGGUGUUCAGCAACUGGGCUCAGUUCUGGCUGACAAUGUCCUACUUGUCGCAGAUGACGGAGGAGCAGACCCUGGUCAUGUAUAGUGGACACCCACUGGGCCUCUUCCCGAGCAGCCCCCAGGCCCCCCGGCUGGUCAUCACUAAUGGGAUGGUCAUUCCCAACUACUCCUCCAGGACAGAGUAUGAGAAGCUCUUUGCCGUGGGAGUUACAAUGUACGGCCAGAUGACCGCAGGCAGCUACUGCUACAUCGGUCCCCAGGGAAUCGUCCACGGCACAGUGCUCACCGUGUUGAAUGCGGGCCGACGGUACCUGGGUGUCAAGGACCUCACUGGUAAGGUCUUUGUCACCUCCGGGCUGGGCGGAAUGAGUGGCGCUCAGGCCAAAGCUGCAGUCAUCGUGGGGUGCAUCGGUGUGAUAGCAGAGGUGGAUAAAGCCGCCCUCAUGAAACGCCACGAGCAAGGAUGGCUGAUGGAAGUGACCGACAGCUUGGACCACUGCAUUGAAAGACUCAGGGAAGCAAGGAAAAGGAAGGAGGUGCUCAGCCUUGGUUACCAUGGCAAUGUGGUGGAUCUUUGGGAGCGUCUGGUCCACGAAUUGGACACAACAGGGGAGCUCUUGGUGGACCUGGGGUCAGACCAGACGUCCUGUCACAACCCAUUCAAUGGUGGUUACUACCCUGUGCAGCUGGGCUUUGCAGAGGCCCAGAGCCUCAUGGCCUCCGACCCUGCUGCAUUCAAGGGCCUAGUCCAGGAAAGCCUGAGAAGGCAAGUCUCCGCCAUCAACAGACUAGCCAAGGAGAACUUCUUCUUUUGGGACUAUGGCAAUGCCUUCCUCUUGGAGGCCCAAAGAGCAGGAGCGGAUGUGGAGAAGAAAGGCGCCAACAAGACGGAAUUCCGCUACCCCUCGUAUGUCCAGCACAUCAUGGGGGACAUAUUCUCCUUGGGAUUUGGGCCUUUCCGCUGGGUAUGCACGUCAGGGGACCCCCAGGACCUGGCAGUCACAGAUGAGCUGGCCACAUCUGUGCUAGAGAAGGCCAUUGCUGACGGAGUGAACCCGGCUGUGAAGCUGCAGUAUAUGGACAACAUCCGCUGGAUCCGGGAGGCCACCAAGCACCAGCUGGUGGUGGGGUCCCAGGCGAGGAUCCUGUACUCAGACCAGAAAGGCCGUGUGGCCAUCGCUGUGGCUUUCAACCAAGCCAUCGCCCAUGGGAAGAUCAAGGCACCGGUGGUCCUGAGCCGAGACCACCAUGAUGUGAGUGGCACAGACAGCCCCUUUAGGGAGACCUCUAACAUUUAUGAUGGCUCUGCUUUCUGUGCAGACAUGGCUGUGCAGAACUUCGUGGGAGAUGCCUUUCGAGGUGCCACCUGGGUCGCUCUUCACAAUGGUGGGGGUGUUGGCUGGGGUGAGGUCAUCAAUGGAGGAUUUGGCCUUGUGCUGGACGGGACCCAGGAGGCUGAGCAGAAGGCCAAGAUGAUGCUCAGCUGGGAUGUCUCCAACGGAGUAGCUCGGCGCUGUUGGUCUGGGAACCGGAAGGCCUACGAGAUCAUCUGCCAGACGAUGCAGGACAACAAGGGCUUGGUGGUGACACUCCCGCAUGAGGUGGCCGAUGAGCACAUGCUCCAGCAGGCCCUGCGGCCAUGAGGGGAACCCAAGAGCCGGCCUUGGUUCCCUCAUCCCCCCUUGGUCCCUGUCCUCACCCUCACAGUCACAGCGCAUCUGUCACUACACACCUUUGUCUCCUGGGUUAGCAGUUUCACACACAAGCCCUCACUUGGCCCUCAAUGCCCUGGAGGGCAUGGCACCACCAUCCGCAGUUUACAAACGAGCCAGCCCAAGCCAGAAGAGAUGGGACCCUUUGUCCGUGACCCCUGGGAACCCUGGGAGGGCAGCAAAAGUCUCGUCCAGGGCCAAAUCCUCUAGCCCGCCACAAAGUAGACUCCAGGAACUUUUGGGGGCUGUGCAUGCCAUGAAUACUGGGCGUCAACCAGUCCCUUCAAAGCCCCUGCCAUUCUUUCUUCCACCAAGGGAGCAGAGUCUCCUUUGGCCUGGUUUUUAUCAAUCACUCUGCCUCCUGUCUGCCUUCCAUCCAUGCAUCCAGCUAUCUUUCCAUCUGCUGGCCUGUCUAGCUGUCCAUGACAUACUUUCUGUAUCUCAGUGCCUCCAGCCAUGGGCCCAAAGGAACACGGCCAGGCCCUGGGCUUGAGGGUCCAGGGAGGAAGACAGGGUAAUAAAGGAUUAGGGAAGAAAGGAAAGAAGCCAUGUAAGGUGUCAUGGGCAGGAUGGCCAUGGGUUGGUGGGUUGGCGGCAGGCAAGGUCCUGCCCUAAAGGGUCAACGGUAGUUUGUGGGGAAAAAAGGAGAGAAGAGGGGUGCCCCCGAUGGCUGGCCCAGUAUGAAGUGCAAGAAAAUGCAGCCCAGUCCCUUUAGAGGGAGGCCCGCUCCAGAACCCUGCUUGCGACCAGGUGUCCUGCAGGAGCCCUGUUGGGCCUGAGGCUGCAUUUUCGCACCCCUCCCCCAGAUAUCUGAUCCUGGUAGUGGCUGGACCCAUGGCCCAGGCUCAGAUGCAAAGCACCCAGGCAAAGGGAGUUAAUGUGGCCAUGCUUUUCCAGGCCUUCCUUUUGAAGUAGGCACCCUUUUUUUUAGGGAUUCCCCUACUUUUAGGGCUCCCUCCUGCCUCCUCAACUCCCGGUUGCCUAUUGCCCCUGGCCUCUGGGGUGCUGCAGGCUUUGGGUAUGAUUGGCUUUCCCCCUGUGACCACCUAGCCCCUGGAGCUGAGACGAAGGCAGGAGGAGGACACAAGGUAGCAGUGGGGUGGGGGUGGGAGAGAGGGGGAAGAAAGACCCCCAAAGGUGGUAGUACCCUCUGAUGACAGAGGAGAGCAUGCUGUGGCGAGGACAUUUGUCUUGUUUGGUUCACACAGUGGGACCCAGGCCAAACCCUUUGCCUUCCUCAGAACAAGCCCCUUUGGGGAGGGGACUUCUAGCUCCUGCCUCUAAUCCAGGGCAGACCAUGGCCUCACCCUGCUGUGGGACCAGGCCUGGGAGAUGGGGGCCUGGGGGACUGCCUCCCUGUCUUUAGCAACCAAUGAGCUAUCCCCUUUCCUUUGUUUGAAAUUGAAGUCUAGUUGAUGCACAAUCUUACAGUAGUAGUUUCAGAUGCACAACGCAGUGAUUGGACAACACUUCCCCUUUCCUUUGUAAUUAAUUAGGUUUUAGAAAUGAAAUGCCAAGACUCUGAUAAAACUUUGAUCUAUUUAAUUUAUGUUAAUUUAUUUAUUGGAGAAGGAUUAUAGAGGCCAAAACUUGCUUUCUGGAGUCCCAAUGUGUGGGUAUGUUUCUUUUAUAAAAUAAAAAUUUCUCCUAAAUUAAUAGGUGGAUGUGGGGCCCCGGGAGUCCUUAGCUUUCUCCUAACCCUGCCUGCCUGCCAGGACCUCAGGGACCUUGGCCUCUCUGAACCUCAGUUUUCUAAGCUGUAUAACAGAGUGUAACACCUGCAUCUCAGUCAAGGGGUGACUGUGGUUCUGCUUUAUUCUCAUCCAGGUUAUAAAAAGCCAAGUGAAGGGAUGAAUUUCCUGCCCCUCUUCUUCCACCCUUCCCACCCCACUUACUGACGUUGGGACCUGCUCCCUUCCCUGUAAACAUCCAGGGCCAUGCAGGGAGUCAGGCCGAGCUGGCCCCACCACACUUGCUGGCUGUCCAGGCCAGAGGACCCCCCCCCCAUGACCUCACUGUGCAAAGCAGGGCACCUUUGACCAUGAACCUCCUUCUCAUUAUUUCCUAGCCUUAGCUCAGCCCCUGGAGCUCACUGACAAAUGACCCACCCUACACACAGAAUUGAGAAAGCAAUUGGGGGAUGGGUGUCUAAGGAGCCACAGAGAACCUGACACCCCUCCCCGUUUACACCUGCAAAGAGGAGGCCAGUCUAGCUGGGGUCUGUGUCUUCAACCACUCAACACUGUUUGUCUCCUCCCUAGUGGCCAUUUCCUCCUUUUCCCUUACACAGUCCAAAUUUUUCUGGACAGUAGUAUGUACAUUACCCCAUAGUUGAUUUUCAGGAUUGCUUUGUCAUUAAGAGUGACUAUUGGCCUAGUUCUGGCCGUGAGACGAGGUGGAAGUCUACAGGGUAGGACCUCUGGGAAAGCUGUUGCUUUUUAAAUAAAAGUGGACUGGAU